AUGGAGAUUGAUUAAUAUUCAGCUCGUGCUGCCAAUGAAGAUUAAGCACUUAUGAGUAAGAGAGGUGAUUAAGAAUAAAGAAAAUCAGAGUUCUUUUAACGUUGUCUAUAGGAUCGUAAAGUUAAUACAGAUUUAUCAGAAUCAGAAAAAUUUAUAUUUGGAGAUAAAGCUAUUUAUAUGGGAAGGAUGAAAUUAGAAUAGAGAUUAUAAGAUAUUGAUGAAGUAUUUCUACCUUUUGAUAAUAUUGAUUUGGAUGAAAGGGAACGUAAUGAAAAAAUGAAAGAAUUAUCAAAAUCUUCUUAAUCUGAUAAUUAAAGAAUUGAUAUUAAUAAGAGAAAUAAGAAAAUAGAAAAUUUUUGGUUAAUAAUAAGUCCAGAUAGUACUAUAAAAAUAGUGUGGGAUUUCUUUUGUAUGAUUUUAAUUCUAUAUGAAAUAAUAACAAUACCAAUAAGAAUAAGUUUUGAUAUAGAAGUAAGUGCUGAGUUUGGUUAUGUAAUAACAGCAGCAUUUCUAUUUGAUAUUUUAUUAACAUUUAAUACAGCAGUAUAUAUAAAUGGGAAUAUCAAUUAUUCUUAUAAGGCAAUAGCAUUUGAUUAUUUCAAAUUAUGGUUUUGGAUAGAUGUAGUGGCAUCUUUUCCUUAUGAUAUGGUAUUUAAUACAGCAUUAACAGGAGAAGCAGGAGAUGAAGUGAAUGAUUCAUCAUAAAAUUUAAAAAAGAGUACUUAAAUUUUAAGAGUGUUAAAAUUCUUUAGAUUUGUUAAAGUAAUUCGUUUAUUAAGAUUGGCAAAACUGAAGGCUAUAAUGGAUAAAAUAGAGGAAUAUUUUUCAGAUAGUUCAAUAAUUUAAACAAUAGGAAGUUUUUUAAAACUAUGUGCAUUUGUUUUAUUUUGGUCUCAUUGGUUAGGAUGUAUUUUCCAUUUUAUUGGUUAAAGUGAAGAUACUUCAUAUAAUUGGCUUUCAAUAUAUGGAUUGUAUGAUGAACCUUGGGAAAUUAGAUAUGUAAAUUCUGUUUAUUGGGCUGUAACUACAAUGAUUACAGUAGGUUAUGGUGAUUUAUCUCCAUAAACACCAUUGGAAAGAUUAUUUGGAGUAUUCUUUCUUUUAAUAGCUUGUGGUGUGUUUUCAUUUACUAUGAACACUAUUGGUAAUACAAUGCAAUAAUUAAGUUAGAAAUAAGAUUAAUAUUAGAAGAGGAUAUCAGAAAUAAAUAUAUAUAUGGCUAAAGUAAAGAUUUAAAAACAAUUAUAAAAUAAAGUAAGAAGAUAUUUAUAAUAUAUUUGGGAUUCUCAUCGUAGUGUAAAUUUAGAAUCAAUUUGUUAAAAUCUAUCAUUAUCUUUAAAAUAUGAAUUUACAAUUUAAGUAAAUGGAACUAUAUUGGCUAGUUAUAAAUUGUUAUGUGAGACAUUUUCAAGGAAAUUACUUAUUGAAUUAACAUAAAUAUUAAAAGAAUAAACAAUAUAACCAGAUGAAUAUGUAUUUAUUGAAGAUGAACCAAAGAAUGAAUAAAUUCUAUAUUUUAUUUAAGAAGGUCAAAUAAAUAUUGUAUUAAUAAAAACAAGAUAAAUUGUGGCUAGAUUAAGUAAUAAAUAAAUAUUUGGUGAAAUAAGUUUCUUUGGAAAUAUAGGUAGAACAGCAUCUGCAAAAAGUAAUGGUUUUACAGAUGUUUUUGUAUUGAAAAGAUAAGAUUUUGUAGCAUUAUUAGAUAAGUUUCCAGAUGAUAGAGAAAGAUUUAAUUUUAUAAAUGAAGAAGUUAAUAAAAGAUAAUUAUAAAUAUUAGAUAUACAUUGUUAUGCUUGUGAUUUACCAGGACAUGUAAUAAGAGAAUGUCCAUCAUUACAUUUUGUGAUUGAUUUAGAUAUAUAUUAAAAGACCAAAAUAAGAUGUAUUAAAGCUAUAAUGAAAGAUUUUGUAAGAAAAGAUAGAAUGAAUUAUAAUGCUAUGAAAAAUAGAAUAGAAUUAGAAAAAGCAGCUAAAAAUUUAUAAAUGAAUAUACCAACUCAUAAAUUCUUAAUGGAAGAAUGUAAUGUGGAUGAUUAAUUAUCUUAGGCAGUAGAAGAUGAAUCUAUAAAAAAAGGAUUUAAAUUAAAAUCUAAAUUUAAAGAAGAUAGGAAUAGAAGAAGAAAUUGGGAAUAAUCUUAUAAGAAAUCUGCCCAAAAGAUUUAAUAGAUUUAAAUUAAAUAAUCAGAAAUAUUUAGUAUUACCAAAAGUCUAUCUUAAGCUAUCUUAUCAUCUAAUGCUAGUGGUUAAACAAGUCUUAAUCAUAUUGCAAUUAAUUAAUUUAAAUCUCCAAAUGAGAGUUCAGAAGAAAGUGAUAGUGGAACUAUAUAAUAAAAGAUGGAAGAUAUAAUGGCUGAUUAUUAAAUAUUUAAAUAAGAAGUGGAUAAGUAUAAUGGAAGUCAACAAUUAGAAAUUAAGAAAAAUUUUGUUUUAUUGAAUGAAUUUGAAUUUGGUUGUGAUUAUAAUAUAUUCUACCCUCACAAUAAUCUUUCUGUUGUGUUGAAAGAAUUUCAUAAAUAUUAAUUAGGUAACUCUGUUAAACCUAAAAUCGAUACUGAAUAUGAUACUAAUGUAUUUUAAGAAUAUAUGGAAUAUUAUGUUAUAGACAUAGAAGAUGUCAAAAGAUUUAAAUUAGAAGUCAAACCAUCUCAAAUUAAACAAUUUCUACCUUUCACAGAAUUACUUUAAUCAUCAUACAAUCGUUAAGUAAUAAUAAUUAAUAUUAUUUAUUAGAAAAAAAAGAAUUUUGGUUUGUUAAAACAACCAAAAAGAUCUUUUAAAUAAGUUGUUAGAGCAAUUAUUUUGGCAAGAAAAUUUAAAUGA